AUGGCCUCUCCAGUGGCGGCCGCCAAACAGCAGCUAAGGCGCCUUAUCAAACAGAGACUCUCCACCGUCUCUCAGGAAUCCGUCCUCGCCCAAAGCCGCACAAUAUUUGAAACGCUCAAAAACUUCAAGCCCUACCAAGAUGCCAGCCGCAUCAGCGUAUACCUCUCCAUGCCCGUUGGGGAGAUCCAGACCGACGCCAUCGUUCGCCAUGCCCUGAACGCUGGAAAGCAAGUCUUUGUGCCAUACCUGCACAAGUCGCCUCUCGAUGAGCCCGGCACUCCAGCCCGUGUGAUGGACAUGGUGCAGCUGCAAGACGUCCAAGACUAUGACGGCCUCCAGAGAGAUUCUUGGGGCAUUCCCAGCAUAGAUCCUGCUACGGUGCAUCGGCGGCAGCGCAUCCUCGGCGGGUCAGACGUGCUCAAGCCAGGCCAGGCUACCUUGGACCUCAUCCUCAUGCCGGGCGUCGCCUUUGAUACCGAUGAUGGGGGCUGUGUGCGGAGGCUUGGCCACGGCAAGGGCUUCUACGAUUUCUUCCUCAACAGGUACUUGGCUGCAAAGCCUCAUGAUGAAGGUGAAGGCAGCAGCGGCCCUGUGUUGAGAUUCUACGGUUUGGCUCUCACCGAGCAGCUUCUCGAUCCCAUCAAAGAUGAGCCGGUGCCUAUGGGCCAGUAUGAUCGGAAGUUGCACGGCUUGGUUCUAGGCAAUGGCCAAGUCAAGCUUUCACCGGAUAUUCAAUCCGUAAGCACUUCAUGA